GAGGAACCGCGUGAGAAUCCAUGGUGACUUGCUUCGGUGUUUGCGUAUUUGUGGUGGUGUGGUGGGCAUGUGCGCUCCAUGAAUGCCCUGUACGAGCCUCUUCAUUCAUCCCUGCAGCUGCAGCACCGCCCAUCAGGAGCAGCUCACAUCGGCACAUCCGAUCAGCCAUCACGCGACGCGAAGCGCUGAAGCCCAAGCCGUCCAGUCGAGGCUCAAUGACCGCACAGGAGUUGACAGGCCCUCUCUGGGUGAAGCAGAGGUUUGCGGAGUUUGCGAAGCUCUGUGCGAGAUCUGGUGGGCAAGGUGAGAUCUGGUGGGCAGGCAGCACCAGUUGGAGUGAACAGAAGUCCCCUCCGAAGCACCCAGACGACAAGGUGCGGUAUUUGUGGAAGCUGGCUCACACCAUGUCGUACCCUCCCCCCUCUCUUUCUCUCUCGCUGUGUGUCUGUGUUUGUGUGUGUGUAUUUCCUGACUGGAUCAGGCGCCACAGCUUCAUGUCGACGCUUCUGUGUCAAGACCUCGAGUCACGAGGUCGGAGGUGGUCAGGGCCAACCGAGAAAAGCCGCUGCCGAAGGUCGUGGUGCCGCCGGAGCUGCGUCAGUACAUCCAUGAUGCCGCAGUUGACCCAUACUUGAUCGAUGACACGUGAGUGGGUCAGUGGGCAGGUGCACUGGUAUGUCAUGUGUGUGGUGCGGUUGGCGUCCGUGUGAUUGAUAGGUAUGGUAAAUUGAGGUACCGGCAGUGGACAGUCACUCACGAGGGCUAUUUCUUCUGGCCCUUGGUAGGCAUUGAUUGCAGUCAGGCAGACUGAUGACAGACAGACAGACAGACAGAUCCACACACAGACGCGUGCCUGGCCAUAUCAUACAUACAUCAUACGUGUGUGUGUGUCUGUUCGUCACUGACUCACUUACUUACUGACCGUCAUUCAUUCAUGUCAUGCAGAUACAUGAGUUGGUGCGUCAGACCGAGUGGCGUGUCGUCGUGUGGUGUGCUGACGGACCUGAUGACAAACGCGACGUCGAUAUCGAAUACGGAACGGCUGACGAGUACAACCUGUUUCUCAUUGAGAAGGAUGGCCUCAACGUCUCCCUCGACAUCGACAGCGAUCGGUAAGCGACCGCAGCGCAUUCGCCUUCACAUAUAUGUAUCGAUUUAUGCCACAUUCAUUCCAUGCGUCUGCCAGGAACUUCAAGUUCGACGGGACGUUGUUUGCCGUUCUGAAGGGUAUCGUUGGAUGUCGCAAGGGUUGGGCCGACCUCCGAUGGCUCGUGCGUCUCCACGGCAUCAAGCAGUGUGCCAGUGUUGUCGGCAAGAGGUGGCGCUUUUACUACUACGACCAAGAGACGGACGAGUUCAUGAAGUCUAUGAAUGAUGUCCUGCUGACCCCACGGACUGGGCCCAGAGGGAUUGGCGCCCAGAGGGUUAUCGACUAUAUUCUAGACCGCCUCGAGCACCCACACAACGUGAAACAAGAGCCUGACGGACCUGGCAUGGCGAGUAAGUAUGGCGUGACUCACUGACCCUCAAGAUAGACAACAGGCAGGCCGUCUGGUAGGUGGGUGGGUGAUUGUUUUGUGCAUGUAUGUACAUAAAUGGGGGGUGGCUAGGUCGGCCAAAAGGAAGGAAGAAAGGAGCAGGAAGCCGGUCGGCAGGGUGUUGCUGCCGGUCGUGUUGAGAUGAAGGGACGAGUUUACCGAAUUUACAGUACGGCCAGG